AUGGAUGCCGUUCCCCCGCCUGUUCUCCCACCGAAGCCGGGCAGUCACGAGACCAGUCGCAUCGGCACGCCGAUUACAUCCAACUCGCCCCGACCCGGCCCCGGCGCUGGCGCUGGUCCCAAUGUAAAUGGUGCUGGUGGAGGCCGGAUGCAUCCGGCUUAUCAGCCUGCCGGCCUCGAGUUCGCCCGACCGGAGCCUGUGCCUGACCCAGGCGACCAGUGGCUUCCGAAGGUGUUGCAAGACAAGUCGAAGCAAGACCUUGCCGACAUAGCGACAAGCCCAGAACUGCUCAACGCCCUCACCCACGCGCCGAGUACCAUUCACCCCUCUCUUUCAUCCUCACAUCAGGCCCUCCAAGCGGCUUUGACCGAGAACCUCGAGCUCGCCUCAAGGCUGGUCGACCUUGAGUCUCGGUUAGCUCAUCAACGAUCCACAACACAGGCACAACUUCUCUCUACACAUGCUCUCGAGCGCCAAUGGCGGCAAAAACAGUCUGACAUGGACCAUGCUCUAGCACCCUUCUCCCCGGCGUCCAUGUACCAGCGCUUGGGACAAGGUGUACAUGAGCAGGCUUCAGUGUGUCACGUCUUGGAGGAAAGCUUUAUUGAAGGAGAGGGGGACGGUGUCUAUGCGUCAGAGAGAGAAACGUUGGACUGGAUCAAGAGGUACAGAGAUGCCAAGGUACUAUACUAUCUUCGGCAAGAGCGAAAGGAGCGGUGGGACGAAGGUCGUGUCGGUGGCUGGAGAUGA